UCUCGCGAGAGGUAAACGUCAGCUGCCCGUGCUGAUAUUGCUUGGGAAACCCUUAGCUCUUCCUUUUCCCCAAGAUGGCACCGAAAGCGAAGAAGGAAGCUGUCCCUGCCAAGACUGAAGCAAAGUCGAAGGCUCUCAAGGCUAAGAAGGCCGUACUAAAAGGUGUUCACAGUCACAAGAAGAAGAAGAUCAGGACCACUCCUACAUUCCGGAGACCCAAAACCUUGAGACUGAGGAGGCAACCCAAAUACCCAAGGAAAAGUGCCCCCACAAGGAACAAGCUUGACCAUUAUGCCAUCAUUAAGUUCCCUCUGACCACUGAGUCUGCUAUGAAGAAGAUUGAGGACAAUAACACUCUGGUUUUCAUUGUUGAUGUCAAAGCAAACAAGCACCAGAUCAAACAAGCUGUAAAGAAGCUGUACGACAUUGAUGUAGCCAAAGUGAACACCCUCAUCAGGCCAGACGGUGAGAAGAAGGCGUACGUUCGUCUUGCUCCCGAUUAUGAUGCGCUCGAUGUUGCUAACAAGAUUGGCAUCAUCUAAACCUGCUGGCACGUGUUCUGUACAGAAAUAAACUCAAUAAAAAAUCCAAUAAAAA